AUGCUUGUGUGUGACAUUUCUGAGACAUCCGGUGAUAAGAGGAGAAGGAAGAAACUGUUGGAUGAAGCAAGAAAGAGUAAUCUUGAACCUAGAUCUGGAAGAGUUUUAAAUUUGGUCAAGGCCUUCGAGAAUAUUCUCACAUUACCAUAUUCAAAUGAGGAUGAACUCGAAGAUCAUAUAAACAAUAAUCCUAAGAGACGAUUCUCAUUUACUUCAUUCAAUCCAUCUGAUCUCUUACUCAUUGCAGAAAAUCUAGGGUUGUCUUCUUCACUUGAUGGCAACCAUGGGAGCACUUCAAACAGGAUUUCAGGAAGUGGUCGUCAAAGUAGAAGAAAUAGUUUUGAUUCAUCAUCUUUAAGUUUUGGAGGCAACAGAUGGAAAAGACGAACACUCAAGGCCACCUCCCAACGACCUUUCAAGCUUAGAACAGAGCAAAGAGGAAGAACAAAACAAGAAGAGUUCAUGAAGAAAGUCAAGGAGAUGAUAAUUCAACAACAAAAGCAAUGGAUUCCCAUGAGAGAGAGAGAGAUGUGGGCCUUUUAUUUUCUUUUUUAA